CCGUCCUAUCUGCGGGACAAUCGGCUGCCUUGAGUCUAUGGUAAGAUCUCCAGAGCGGCUUCCUGUUUUUCUACUGCUCCCCUUCUUCCGGGUUUGGAAAGUGAAGUUUGGGACUGCUGCAAUCCUGUUAUUUAUAGGCAAAUGAAGACUGGCUGACCAUGAAACCGAUGUCUGACGACGAGGAAAAGCUUAACUUGCGUCGCCUUGAGCCAGCCAUCCAGAAGUUCAUUAAAGUUGCCAUUCCGACAGACCUGGAGCGGUUACGAAAGCAUCAAAUAAACAUUGAAAAGUAUCAGAGGUGCGGACUAUGGGACAGGUUACACCAAGAACACAUCAAUGCAGGCCGUACUGUUCAGCAAUUGCGAGCCAACGUCCGAGAGAUGGAGACGCUUUGUUUGCGGGUCCGGAAGGAAGACAUGAUGACUUUGCAGAGAAUGAUCAACCCGGUGAAAGACCAGGCUUCUUCGGCCAUCAGGGAGUUUCUGCAGCUCCAUUCGGAGUCUGCCGAAGAGCUUAAGAAACAGUUCAGAGAGGCAGACGGGUCGCUUUCGCCUUCUUUAACCAGGUCUACCACCGUCGGAGCAGAAACAUUUUAUAACACUGCAGACGAAGGAAGUUCGGAGAAUUUGAUCCAGAUGUUUUCCCCUCUUCCCGAAAUCCCCCAGGAUCAAAAUGCGGCAGAAUCGUGGGAGACGCUGGAAGAGGACCUGAUUGAACUCGGCAACCUGGUGACGGAUUUUUCUCUCCUGGUGAACGCUCAGCAGGAGAAAGUUGACCGGAUUGAAGACAACGUCAACGCUGCUGUUGCGAAUGUCGAAGAGGGGAACAAGAGUUUGUCCAAGGCGGCCAAGUACAAGCUGGCGGCGCUCCCGGUGGCGGGGGCCGUGCUGGGGGGCAUGGUGGGGGGCCCCAUUGGUCUCCUGGCCGGCUUCAAGAUCGCCGGUGUGGCCGCAGCCAUUGGCGGAGGCGUCCUGGGCUUCACGGGCGGGAAACUCAUCCAGAGGAAGAAGCGGAAGGGCAUCGAGGAGCUCUCCUCCAGUUGUCCGGACUUCCAGGGGCAGAGUGACCGGAAGAGCAGCUGAAGGAGGCUCGUCUCUCCUCUCCCUCUUCUCCAAAAUAGCCUGCUUUGGAUUUUUGGAACAUCCUGAUCCAGAAGCGGCAGCCACGGCAGACUUCCUUGAACUGCGUUGGAGAGAAAAUCAGCCUUUUUUCCUUUCCAGAAAAGUAGAGGAAAGGCAAGUCUCAGAGGGAGUUUGUCUCCCUAAAAUGCCUUUAUCCAUGUCUUGUCCUCACAAAUUACCUUUCCUUGGUAAAACAUAGGCAGACAUGGAGACAGUAUUUAAGGCAUAAACAGAUGAGUGCCUUGACCACUUUCCUCCUCCUCAGAUGUUUUAUUCCUUUGCACAUGGGUCACUUUGUCUUGCUUUGAGUGAAUUUGGACUUUGCAGCCCAUUUUUGCCUGUCUGGCUUAGGUGAGGGCUGCUCUCCUUGUGCCCAAGAUUGUUGAGAUUUUAAUUUUAAAACUUUCAUAAAUGUAUGGACCUGAAGACAGGAAUCCAUCUGUCUUCCAAAGCAGUAUAGCUUGGAGCAAAAUCAGAAUCGAGAGCCAAAGGGGAACGCUGGCGAUUCAGAGCCGGUUUUCUUAAGCUUAAAAUAUUGACAAUUCUCAGCCUAUGUUUGCCAGCAUCUCCUUAAAAAUGAGCUUUUCAGGACGAAACCUUGCUUCGAAAAAGCUGUUUGAUUGUACCUGGCUUUUCCCUGAAUGCCUUUUCAUAUCCAUACGACAAUAGCUGACCUUAUUACAAGGGUUGAAUGAAAAGUAAUGCCUCUACCUUCGUAACUCCUCAACAGAUGGCAAUCCUGGUAGUGGCAGGUCCUGGCUUGUUCAGCACGGUUCCAUACUUCACACUUUAACAACACAACCGUUCAAUGCUAAGGCUUUCCUCCAAAUGGAACUAACUGUAGAGGAGAGUCUACUGAACAAGCCAGGACCUACCACAUACCAGGACUACCAUCUGCUGAGGAGUUACGAAGGUGGAGGCAUUACUUUUCAUUCAACCCUCGUAUAUCACCCAAAGACGAUGCCAAUACUGUGCCAAUCAGAUGCCUUUUGCUGGAACAGGCAUUCGGAGUUACCAGUUUCUGAAUAAGAGUGGUUGUGUCUUAUUUUAACAAAAAGAGUUCUAAUAUUUACAAUUUAUCGCAUACCAAGUACGGUUGGCCUUCCACAUUUGUGGGCCUAAUUUUUCCUGACUUGAUUAAUAUGCUUUCUCUGGGUCCUCCAGUGGUUUAUUUGCAUAGAGUUGUGCUAAAGGACCUAGAGAUUCCUAAAUUUGUGUUCUCUCAAGUAACAUAAUGGGUUUUUAAGUGUUUUCCCCACUUGCACAGGACUCAUAACCCUAAUGAAUGUGAAGGCCUAGCUGUAUAUGUGUUUUGGGUUUCAGAUAUUUCCAGAGAAGCCAAAGUUGGCCAUUGAGUUACACUGACAGACCUAGAAAUUCCUUAAGGGAUUUUCUCCCAGGUUUAACAGUAUUUUAUAUCCAUGUUUUAUCCAUGUUCUCAGCCAUUUUCUAUAUCUUUUAUCCCAGUAAAUGUGGAGGGAUGACUAGUAAUUAAAAAAAAUAUUAACACACUAAACUGAAAGAUGUCAGGAUUUUACUUGGGGAUGCUGCUGAUAUUUCAGAAAAAUAGCACAACUCGAUCCUAUAAAGACUUUCCUCUUCCAUGAACUCCAAUGUCUUUUGAUAUAGAUUUGGGAUUUCUAAUCUGAGUCUGACUUGUAAGAAAUAGUAUUCAAAAAGCUUUUUUUUUUGCUUGAUUGGUCUUGUAUUUCUGCAAGCAGACCCUUUCAAGGGAGACAGACUUUGGAGCGGUUGGGAUGGAGAAGCAUUUCUGUGUGCUCUUUGUUUAUUAUAUCGUAUACAUAUGCAUAUAUAAUGUGUUUUAUUAUGCAGGGUACAGCACUGUUUUAUUGUGGACAUUUUUUAUCAAUAUGGGGUUUCUAGACAACAUAGAAAAUAAAACACACACCGCAAUAUAAUUGUAUUUCAAAACACUGGUUCUAAGGAAAUAAAUUUAUUUCAGAAUA